GCUGAGGUGGAAGAAACACUGAAGCGAAUUCAGAGCCAAAAAGGAGUGCAAGGAAUCAUUGUUGUUAAUUCUGAAGGUAUUCCUAUCAAAAGUACUAUGGACAACUCCACAACGAUUCAGUAUGCGGGCCUCAUGCACAGCUUCAUCAUGAAGGCAAGGAGCACAGUGCGGGACAUUGAUCCCCAGAAUGACCUCACAUUCCUGCGGAUCCGCUCCAAGAAAAAUGAAAUCAUGGUUGCACCAGAUAAAGACUACUUCCUGAUUGUCAUUCAGAAUCCAACUGAAUGAUUACACUGACUUGGUCUGUUUUUUUCCCCUUUACCCAACUGUUUUUUUUUUAAUUUAAUGGUAAAGAAUAGAGCAUUGGUGUUAACUCUGCUGUGCCACUUCAAUGAUGUCUGGAAAAACAAAAGUAGGUGUUUUUGUUGCUUAUAAACAGAAAAAGUGGCUCCUUUUUUUUGUAUCACAAGUAAUUUUGAGGAGGAGUUGGUGAAUUAGAAUCAGGCAGUAAAAAAUGCAACAGAAUCUUUUAAUAGUUAAGAAGAUAAUAUAAUAAAAUUCUAAUAAU